UUGGCCAAGUACCAGUACAAGCCGGCCCUUCCUCCUCCUCUGGCUGUCUUCGUCUACCUCUGGAGGAGCGUCGGUGCCUUCGCUCGUAGGAGGAAGAAUGAGCAGGACGAAGCAGCGUCGGCCUGUGAGGAGACGGAUGUUUGGCUGAACCAGUUCGAGCGCCAGCAACUCCGAUCGUUCAAGAUGAUGGAGGAGGAAGAGGAGUCUCUGGAAGCCACUCUGUGCAGUCUUAAGAAAACGAUAGACACAUUGGCAAGCACGAUAUCCACAAAGUUCGGACAGGAUGGCCGAACAAGUCCUCCUCCUCCUCCUCCUCCACCUCGUCCUUCAGAAGCGUUUCAUGACGUCGACGAGAGCUGCGCCAGAAUGCACUGGAAGAAAGACGACCACAAACCCUUCUUUAACCCAGGAAAAACGUCCUCCUCUACAGCAGCUAAAAACGGCGGCAACGACCUGACGGAGAAAUCGUACUCGACCUUGAAACAGCUCGCCCUCGAGGUUAACUUUCUGCACUCGAAUCUGUAUUACUCGCAAGCCAGGCUGGAGAACGGACUCAAACGCCACGACCUCAUGCUCGAAGAAGUGAUGAACAACAUACGGCGAAUCAUGGCGGAUAUGAAGGAGAGGAAGAAAGAGUGAGGAAGAGGGUGAAGGAGAAAUUGCAAGAGAAAGGAAUAUGAAGCAGAAAUUACGAAAAAAAAAUGUGAAGGCGAUAUUACAAUAAAAUAUGUUGAAAGAUAAAUCAUCAGUGAUAACAAUUGAUAAGAAAGGUUGCUAAAGAUUUUAUAUUAAAUCAUGUGAGAAAACAAAACAAAAAAAUAGGAGAGGGAUAGCCUAUCGUGACACACAAAUACCAAGACAUAAAAGAUCUAAGUUCACUAUCAGCAAAAAGGUAUAGGUCUACAAUUUUUAUACACAGUUAUUACGACUAUGUAUGUCCCCGUCACAACAGUAAUUCUAAUACAUAUAUCGUUUUCUACAAAAUUAGCAUUGGUCAAAAAGUGCAGAUCAUACACCGCAUUAUAACGUGUUUACAAGUGUGCAUACACCUAAAGUCUAUAUAUAAAAGUACCCGUCAGAUGAACAUUAUUUUCAUAUUACUCGCA